AUGUUAUUUUUUUUUCCUUCACAACUCGUCUCUUUCACUUUCCCCUUUUUGUUUGAUUUUUCAUCUCGCUCUUUUCUAUUUAUCCACCCCACUUUUUUUCUUUUUCUUUUUUCCUCUUUUUAUUCUCAGCUUCUCAAACUUCCUCUUCUUUUCCAAAUUAUUUUCCUUCCUUUCUUUUCCCCAAUAUUCAUUUGUGAUUUGAUUUUAUUUACUCAAUUUAACCUGGUCUUAAUUUUCCCCGAUUUCUUUCUUCGAUCACAACCUCUUCUUCCAUUUUCUUCUCCUAGUGAAGCAAUUGUCACCACUCGCUUUCCUGGUCCGCUUCUUUUCGAUUUAUAUAUUUCCUCGUGUUUUCUAUCUAUCUCCCUAAUAUAUUUUCUUUCUCUUUUUCUGUACGGGUUUUGUGUCUCAAACAGUUUGUAUCCGUUAUCUCUCUCCUUUUCUUUCUCUCUCUCUCUCUCUAAUGUAUUUUCUUUCAUUCUCUCUCUGAAGCGUUUUAUAUCCACUCUCUCUAUAACGAUUUCCCCCCUCUCUCUAACGAUUUUUAUACAUCUGUAUUUUUUUAUAUCCCUCUCUCUUUUUAUAUCUCUUUCUAUUUUUAUAAUCUCUCUUUCACCUUUUAUACCCUCUCUCUUUUUAUACCCUCUCCCUUUUUAUACCCUUUCUCUCUUUUUAUACCCCACUCUCUUUUUUAUCCCUUUCUCUUUUUAUACCCUCUUUAUGCCCUUUCUCUCUUUUUAUACCCUCUCUUUUUUAAAUUAA